UGGUCAAAGCCAAUAAAUGCUUUGUGGUGGAUCUUCUCCCUUUCGCCUUUCUCCUCCUCUCCUCCGCUCUACCCCCCUGUAAUUCGGAAAAUUAUUCUGUGCGGAAUCCGAACGUCUCUAUGUUCUCUUCGCCUUGAAGAUUUGCUGAUCAAGAUUGUAUUUUUAUGAUUUUGGACGAAAACUAGGGCUCAAGAAUGCACCUGUUCUUCCGAGCUGAGAGAUUAUAGGGCUUUUUGUUUACAGUGUCAAGUUGGCUAAGAUUUGUCUGAAAGCAGUCAGCGAAGAUAACAAGUAGAUCCCGCCCGGCCAUGCAAACGAGGAGGGCCGUGAGGAAUUCUCACAUUUUUUCGGACGGGUUAUUAGAUGGAGCGGUGUCUUCUUCUAAGAAGGCCAAUGGAUACGCGACAAUCCCGAUAUCCUCUCCUGCUUCGCUCGCUUCGCCCUCUUCGUCUUCUUCCUUCUUGCCGUCUGGCGUUAAUUUCAUCGAGCACCGUGUUACCAAGAUGGAUACCCUCGCCGGGGUUGCUAUAAAGUAUGGCGUCGAGGUUGCGGAUAUCAAAAGAAUAAACGGUCUGGUAACAGAUCUUCAAAUGUUUGCUCACAAGUCAUUGCUGAUUCCUCUACCGGGAAAGCACCCCCCAUCCCCUCUCAUGUCAAAUGGCUCAACUCAGAACGGAGAGAAGACACCUCCUCGUCGGUCACAUUAUGAUAUUCUAAAUUCACUGCAAUCCCUCAAGUCAGAACCUCCUCCUCGCCGUAUUUCUCCUGCAAUGUGCAGUUUGCAAGGUUUCUACGACCUUACACAACCUAAUAAAAGCAUAUUACCUGAAGGCACUGAAAUGGCUAUCAAUGAGUUGGGAAAAACCCACCUGUUUGAAGAUAAAAAACUUUCAGAAUCAUCCAUCUCUGAUCCAAUCUUUAAUCGACAUCGAAAGAGCCGAAGUUUAGUGAAUGUUAUAUCUCUUGAGAAUGGAGAUGUAACUGAAGACAACACGGAGUCCGAUAAAUCUAUCAGAAGGCGUCAAAAGGCCGAUGCCAUCCCUUCUCUACACACACCCGGGAUCCUACUCAAGGAAGAAAGCACUGUAGGAACAUUAUCAGGAAGAACAGGAAAAGGUUUGGCUUUGAGGCCAAAACCUGGGAGCAGGAUAGAUCUAGAAGCUCAUCACCAAAACUCUUCAUCGGUUAUCGAUUCAUUAGCAGAUGUGUUUGUUUCGGUUCGAAAAUCAUCUAGCACUUCAAACUUGACUGAAUCUGAGAACAGUUUCUCCAUUUGGCCAACAAGUAAAUGGUCCUUGAAGCCUGAUGCCAUUACUAGGCCAAUUUUUGAUGGAUUGCCAAAGCCUAUCACUUCCUGGAGGAAUAAAGCAGCGCUUGACUAGCCAUAAUAUUAUGACAGUUUUUUUUUUCUUUUUGUAAUCAGGUUUUCAACUGGGGAAACCAUACACACAUGAUUAUAUUUAAUUGGAAGAGAAAGGAAAAGUGAGGUAUAAUAGAAGAAUGGUGGGUGAGGUGAAUAAUAAGCAUAGAUGUACAAUUGCAUGUGAGAGCAGCUUCCUUCCUUCUAAGGUUUUGUGGGAGGAAAUAUUCAUUUGUAAAAACAGUCACAUUGAAAACUUGAUCUGUAGAAUCGAUUGUUUCUCCUAUAUUAAUUGUUGGAUAUCUGGGAGUUGAUAAA